AUGGGGAAACCGUUUUCGAAAAGGGUCGAGGGCCUGGGCCACAAAAAGUUGGCACAGGUCUCCUGGUUUGAAAGUGCCUUCCUGGGGGUACCAGGGACACUGACAAUCAAUCUCCCGAAGGAGAUCCAUGAGGAAAGACGGUGGACCACGUCCAGCAAAAAAGGCAAAGCCAUCGAAUCUCCAAGAAGUUCGCUCAUGCACAACGCACCCAUGAAAAUGAAGAGCUCGGAAACAACCGCCAUUUCCAUCAUGAUACUGUGGAUCCUUACAGCACUCAACGCCAUUCAGCUCACCAGUCAAACAGAAAAGGUCAUUUCAGUGGUACAGCCUUCGCUGCUCGUGGCAGAGAACAAAAGCGCUACCGUCCUCUGCAGCUACACCUGUAACAGCCCAGAGAUGAAGACAUUCAAAGCUUCCAUGUUUAAAGGGACAGCCAGAAAUGUGGAGGUGUGCUCCGUUACUUGGAAUAAGACCUUUCAGAAAUACAACGACAGCAAGAGCGAAAUCAGUUGCCGUGCGGAGGCCAACACGACAGCGGUGAAGUUCAACUUGUUCAACUUGAGUGUCGCUCAUACGGAUAUUUACCUCUGCAAAAUUGAGGUCAUAUACCCAGCGCCGUAUCACCACAGCGAGGGCAAUGGCACCGUCAUCCAUGUGAAAGAAGAACUUCAGAGGGAACAACGGCCAGAAUAUUCUGGUGCUAUGGCAGCUGGUCUUGCCAUUAUCGCUUGUUACAGCGUGGCAGUAACAGGAGCUUUAGUCUACUGUCGGGUGAGAAACAGGAAGAAGAGGCUCCCUCAAAAGGAUUAUCACAACAUGAUUUCCUGGCAAGUUAACAGUCCAAAGAAGAGGAACAGUCAACCCAGUGUCCCUGCAAGGACUUAUACCACUUAUCGCUUUUGGGAACCAUGA